AAACCGCAUACGCUCGUUCGGUACCACCGUGGUCGCUGCCGCCCGCGAGACAGUCACGCGUUGCGCCUCGUAUCGUGUUGGCUUCGCGAAACACUGUCGCGCCGCAAACGUCACGAACAACGGCAACAACAACAUAUUCAUACAGUAGUAUUAUUAUUAUUUUAAUUGUUAUAUAGUGUUGUAUUAAUGCCAAGACAAUGUCAUAAUUCUUACAAUAUAAUAUAAUAGUAUAUGGUAUUACUGCACCCCGGCGGCGCCAGCACCGCGCCGAGACGUCGUCGUAAUAUUUGCAUAUAGGUGGUUUCUGAAUACCAACUGUCGACUUAUCAAACAAACAUAUGGUCUGUUAAAUAAAUUCGUUGUAGCCAAGUACGGGAAGUGGGCAUGACGAAGCUGUUUUGAAAUGAAGAGCUCCAGUAUCAAUAGAUCUCAAGUACCAUUACUGUUACCCAUCGAAUAUGACAGCAUCGAAGAUGACCAUCCACAUAAUGUGACUUCGGGUUGUGAGGGCUUUAAUCCCCUCGAUGAGAAGAGUUCUGAACAGCAACAAGACGUGUUAGAUUCAUCAAAAAUAUUUAUCCCAUUAAGCACUCCACGUUGCAGUAUCGGUUCUUCUGCAUCUACAGACCACCUUGGUUUUGAAAGUCAAUUACUGGAAGUGGCAAUUCGUACAAAUGAUGUUUCAAAAGUUAAACACUUCUUAAUGAUACAUCGAGAUAAAUUUCAGAUCAAUAAUUAUUUAAAACCGCCAGAAAAUAAUUUCAAUUAUAGUUUACAAAACCAGGGCAUAUAUUCACAGCCGAUCAAAAUUCCAACAGUCAGAUCCGAUCAAAAUGAUUCUUCGCGCAGUUCUAUAUCGUUGGACGAUCAAUCAUUGUUGCCGUUCAAAAACGCUCUGCACACGGCCAUUGACUAUGGGUCAUUAGACGUGGUGCGAACGUUGCUCGAAAACGGCAUAGAUCCCAAUGCAGGUGGUCACGUGUUGACCGAUCUCGACGUGCCUCGACACUCUCCGUCUGGAUCAUCCGGCCCAAGUGAACGAUGUAACGUCAAACCAGCGUCGAUUCAAUGCGAAAUCGACGAGGAAACAGGAUUCGAUAUACACGAUAUCUAUCAUUACGAUACAGAAAUCAUAUCGGUGGCAGACGAUGUGCGGCCAGCCGAAGAAGUAGUGGUCACGGUCGGCCCGACCACGUCGGCGGUGUCGACACCGUCGCCGAAACCCACAGCUAUGGUGGUAGCGGUCGCCGAGCGCAACGCCAACCGGUCGGUACUGAUGCGACAACGUUCGCUGUCGCUGGACAACGAUCAACCGGCGAAGAAGAGCCGACCACUGCUGCAAAAGCUCCGGGCCGGCUGCAGCAAGCUGGUCCGGUCCACGCCGGCGGACAUGUGCGGCUACGAAGCGGAACAGGCGCAACACGGGCGGCCGGCGACCGUCCACACUACUGGCGUCGCGGGCGUCGCGUGUAUCGCGGGUGGCUGCGCGGCGGCCGGUUUCGUACCUAAGGGCGUGGCGGGCGCGGCUGGUUUUGUGGCCGCCGCGCCCGCAGAGUUCAAGGGCAUUAUGAGCGAGCUCCGCCGGAGCAGUGACGUGGUCCGCGCCAUACUCUGGAACCUGUCGUUCCGGGACACGUACAGCAACGGCAACGCCAGCGACAUGGACAGCAGCACUGACCUGGACGUGGACACGCUGUUCGACCGGCAUGAGCAGCGACGGUACGCGGACUACGAGUUGGAGAACGGUGGCCGGCUGCCGCUGCUCGACUCCCGUUCGUCGCUCCAGUCGUUGCAGUCACUGUCGUCCACCGGAUCCCCGACGGUCCCGGCCGCGGUGUCCGGUGGCUCGGUGUCCUCGGUGCCGAUGGCCGCCGAUUUUCCGGUUACGGUGCCAGUGGUCAUCUCAGACCACGCACUGGCCGCCGUGUGUCAAUCGCAACAAGCGAAGCCACUGCAGUCCUCACGACCUCCACCACCACCGCCACCUCCACCGCCUCCACCACCGCCAUCACAUCCACUGAUACUGCCGUCACCGACACCUCCACCAUCGACGCCUCCACCGUCGAUUAUAUUGCCAGACACUGUGUCACAGCCGAGCGCCGACACCGACGACGUCCUCACGGUCGUCCCAAAGAUAAUUUUCAAAAUCAAGAGCUCGCUGUCGUUGGACAGGAUGAACGAAAUGGCUGACAUGUACACAAAACCGUACUUGAUGACUCUACCACCGCUGUUCUUGGCCGUGGUCCGCCAAAAUCCUACCAUGAUUUACUUGCUCCUCAAGUUUGGCGGCUCUCCAAAUGUCCAGGAUAUAUAUGGUAACACGCCACUUCAUUUAGCCAUCGUACAACCGGAGAUAUCAUGGAAUUGCGUCCUGGAUCUUCUUGAGUUUGGUGCAAAAAUUUGCACUAAAAAUGCUUCAGAUAUUUGUCCAUCAGAUAUAGUGGACUCGUUAUUGCGUAUUCAAGUCCAUAUGAUCAGUGACUGCUGGAAGAUUUUGUCCGGGUCAACAGCUGUUAUUAAAGAACGAAUGUUGCUUCAAAAUGUUGCCAAUUAUGACCAAGCAGGUAAACCAUCGGAUUUGCCAACGCUGCCUUCACGAUUAUUUCGGAGGAUGAAAUUUACACAAACCGAUAGUGCAGAAGAACGUCACAGUAGUAAUCCAGAAAAUUUUUUUGGGUCGAUUUGGUCACUCAGAAGCAAAGUCAGCAACAAGACUCUCGAAACGGAUGAAGUGCGUAAUCAUGCUACUACACAAAGUAACAAAACAAAAACCGAUAAAAAGAGUGUCAUCAACGAUUACGGUAUAAAACACAAAAAUUCAAAAGCACUCAAGUUAUACAAUAUAGAAAGAAAGUUUCAAGUGAUUUCUCAUCUUGCUGGCAACGUAGAAUGUUUGGGUUUUAUUUUGCACGGCCUGAACAACUACAUUGUGCAUAUAUUGAAAUAUUUACAAGCUAACUAUGAUCUGUCACUCCGUCAUAUUUGCAGUCUUAUGAAGACAAUUUUGAACGUUGCCGUUAAGGAAUUUGGAGAGCAAGGGAAAAAGGAAGAAUUGAGUGUGGUCCUUUGUUCGGUAAUAAAAGUGUGUUUAAGUGCACUGAAAGAGAUUCAACAUGUCCAGUUUACAGCAAUGACGAUAAUCAAUAGAGUUAUUGAUAUCUCCGUACAAUACAACGUGUCUUUUACUAAAGCUGCUGAAUCAGAAUAUUUACUCCAUCCACACUACAUAUCGGAGAUGAAUAAGUACAAAUCGAGUAAAGAUGAUUCAAGUAUUGGUGAUGAUAAAACAAAACUGGGUGGUCCUAAUAAGAAAUUUGCAUCUAUGUGGCGUUAUUUCAUCGGCGAUCAGGCAUUCAGUAACAAGACCGGAAACUCAAAAACGAAUAUGAACACUAGCGAAAGCGUUAUUGGCAUUUUAUCCACCGCUAACGUCUUUUCGAUUAUCAACGUAUUGCACAAUUCUCAAACCCUAUACAAAAGAGUCAUUGGAAGUAAACGUUUGUGUGCACCUAGCCAAAGGUCCAGUCAUUGUGGUUACCACUGCUUGCAGAUACUAAGCGCUCGGACAUUGCUAUUCAUGUCGCUAAAUGAUGAUGUAAAAAGCAAGCUCGUUGAGGAAACACAUCUAAAAAUAUUGGCUGCCUCGCUGGAAUCUACCAACGAUCCGCAAUUGCUCGUGUUGGUGUUGCAAAUUGUAGCAUCCAUUGCACUGAACACAAAACAUCACCGGGAGCUGAUAGAUCUGGAAAUCCCAACCAUUUUGAAUCAAUUGUUACUGCCAUCUGACGAAUGGUAUUAUACGAACCACAGUGACAAAUAUGGCCGCUACGUAAAGCAUCACGCGGCUAGGGUGUUGGUUUACUUGGGAUUCUCGUACCGAAUCAAUAUUUCAAUUUUUGACAUGUUUCAAGCUGAUGUACAACCAAAUCCACCAAUAACGAAAUCAAACGAAGACGACUACAUUGCUGUGACGUCCUUAUCUCCAAGUUUUGUAUUAAACUCAGAUCAGUCAAAACUAUUAGGCGUAUCAAUAGAGACUGCAAUUAUGAACGUGUUAAAAGAAAUUGAGCAAUCAUUGAGUCAGUCUGCUACACCGUCUGAAGUUUUCACGUUGCAUUGGUCACUGAACGGAAAAUCUUAUAGUCUAUUACAAAAUAAUGAACAACGGACGACCGAAAAAAAGUAUCCGACGGACGUCCAUUCGUCACUGUUCGUACAGACUUUCGUGGCAUGCGCCGCCAGCACCGUGGACCCCGUGCUCUUGGUCCGGUUACUAGCCAACCGUCUAGUUACCACGCCACUUUACCCCCGAAACAGCUCAAGUAUCACUUCGAUGUCGGGACAAGACCUGUUUCCUCCCAGGACCACGAGGAGUCGAGCCUCGUCCACAGACACGAAUGCCAGCACCCGGAAGAAACGCAUCCAUUUAAGUCUGGACACUACAAAGUGUUAUGGUUAUGAUAUAGUUGACGGAAUUCCUCCAAAAGGAAAAUCAAAGAACACUCGUCGCCGUCGAAGCAGCGCUAGCAGCACAGGUGGUUUUGGUCUUGAACCAGCACUGCAAGCAACUUACAAUGCAUUUUCAAAUAUAAUAAAAAAUGACAUAUUUAAAGAUAACACAACGAGUCCAGACAUAGAUACUGAUGAAUACAGAACUUCUAGCGUGUCAUUGACUUCGACAAAAGCACAACCCGGAGGACUCAACUUUCAAUUUCCUCCGAGAAAUCGCCCAUCUUUAAGAUCGUCCAAUAUUCGUAAUAUCACCAAUGAGCAAUCUAAAUCACAAGCAAACAUUACAAAGGAAAGAGGAGACUCUUAUGAACAGACACCGGAGCAAGAAAUUUUGGCCUUUCAAAAACAAUUGCAAAAUUUACCCGAUUUGGAUUCCCCUAGUCAUGUAUUUUCAAGACGCUUACCGUUAGAUUCUACAUUUGCAACGGCUACUGGCGAAUUCGCACCAGUCACAAGACCAAGAUCUAGGUCUAUGCCACGUGUUGCUUAUGAAUCAAACCGCUAUCUGACAUUGCCGGAUUCAUUUCCAUUCAAUUGUCGAUUACCAAGAGGUCGUUCGGCUGGAACGUUGGGAUUUCAGACCGAGUACCACGGACCGUGUGGCCCAAUGGUCAUAUCCAACCAAGCAUCGUCGGUGUAUAACAGCUAUCCGGUAAACAGUAACGACACGAGCAAUAAUGCGGCGUGCAGUAGCAGCAUUGGUGGAGGUGUAAGCGGUACCGGUGCCAUGUCUUCGGGGUCGGGUAACACAUAUAACAGUAGAAGAAGUUCAUACUCGCCCAGUGACAGAUCCAGGGGAAGAGAUAGCAUAGCAUUUACACACGGUGGCGAAAUACAUAAUAUUGCAAUCACGCCUUGGCACAGGAGCAUACUUAUCUUGUUCGAGACGUGGUUACGAACUUCAAAAACGGAACUAAAUGAUCAACAUGCAUUAUGUGUGGAAAUGAGAGAAUUCAUGCGUAUUGCUAAUCACAUCGGAGGAGAAUAUUCACAAUGGUACAUUGAGAUGGUUACUGAAUUCAAAGAACUUUCUAUUGAAAUUGAAUUUAAAGAUGGAGAUGCAGUUAUGGAUACAAAUAAGGAAUACUCAAAGUUGCAGAGCGCCGUGAUCGCGGGCACAUUGCAGUGCAGCAGCGACGAGGCGAUCGGGCUGGCCAGUUUGCAGUUCCGCAUCGAGAAAAUAUCAGAGCACCGGAACCAGACACCGGACAGCCUGACCGCGAACAGCCCGGACUCGCUGUUGGACGGCGGCGGGCCGUGCUCCACCCUGCAGCCGAUAUCCGAGGACAGGGAACACCAGUGGCCGCUGGACGUGCCGGCCGUGUUGACGCCAUCGCCGGUGCUCCAGCCGCAGUUCAACAUGUUCAGCGUGGCCACGGUCACCAGCCCGACGGUCACCGACGAACCGUCCGUCGGCAAGAUCCGCAGCUUCUUCAUGCGCUCGUGCCAGUACUUUUGCUUCGGCCGCCGCCGCCAGAAGGACGUCCUGCCGGUGCGCGACCCGUUCGGUAUCCUGCACAAGGUGCACAUGUACGUGCCACCCGAAUACCGGAAGCCCAAGAACACGGCGAAGCUCAUCAAGGAAUUGAAAAAGAUCGUUGCCCACACUCUUUUGAACGACUCAGAGUUGCAGCUGAAACGUAUUUAUGUAGAGAGAUGUAAACGUUUACCGGCGUUCGGUUGUAAUUUUUACUUUGUCAAAGAAGUUCAACGUGGUAGAACAAAAACAAAGGCUGCACGUUUGCUUGGGCUGAGUUUCGAUAAAAUAAUUUUGCUCGACAAUAAAACGAAAAUUGUAUCAAAGAGUCAAAAUACACAAGAUUUACUUCAGUGGCAAACAGUAUUCAGAAGAAAUCGAAACAAAGUGUUACUUGAAUUUCGCAACUCCAAGUGGACAUUGGCUACACCAACAGAACGAUCAUUACGUGACAUUGGUUUUGUUUUAUUAAAAAUUCUGCAAGAGAUCGACAACAAUUUCUUAGAGCAACAUUCCGUAAUUGCACCACAUGAUCCUAGUAAACCAUUAGAAUUCAGAGAGAUAAACCUGGACGACACUUUUGCAUCAGAAUUAGACUCGCUGCGGCGAAUAUUACAUUUCCCCGAAGAAGUGGCAAUACUUUUGAGUGAUAGAGAAAACGAUUUGUUUUAUGAUGUUCCACCAAUUGAUUUUUUGCAGCAAGUGUCUUUAGAUCAAGACGGAGCAAACGCAUGUAACACCUCAGUAAAAAAGCUCAUUGAUAGAUUUAAUGCAGUAAGCUCAUGGACGACCCAUCUUAUAAUCACUCGACCGACACACGAAGAUCGGAAGGCCAUAUUAUCUUGCCUUUUGAGGGUGGCCAAAGAAUGUUGGAACAUUGGAAAUUUCAAUGGGGCUAUGGAAAUUAUAGCUGGACUCAAAUCAGAAAAAAUAAGGCCAUUCAUGCAGACAGUAUUAGAAAAGGAGAAGGUGCCAUUGUUCUAUUAUCUGACCGACGCUCUCUUGUCGACAUCACAAUACAACAGCGUUCUACAAAAGGCCCUGGCUAUGCCAGACUGUCCGGUGGUGCCAUUUUUUGGAUCCUUCAUGCGCGAAAUUAGGAAAAUAAUGAAAGAGACACCCAGCUCUAUCGUACUGUCUGACCAAGAUGGCAAGGCUUUAAGCGAGACGUUUGCUAAACACGAAUAUUUAGAGGGAUUUACUACUACGCUUGGAUUAGAUGGUGUUGUUAAUAUGGAAAAAAUCUAUCAAGUUCAGUCCAUAUUGGAAGAAUUAUCAGAUUAUCAUCGGCAUUAUUUUGAGAGGAAAACGUACGAAGCAAAGUUGCAUUUGUUAAAAAAUGGAGAAUUACAAGAUAAUACUGAAGAAGAAUCCUCUCAGAAAUACGACCCUGUACAAUCAUUAGCCUACGAUCAUGGUGUUUCAUUAAUACCACUUGCGAUAUCUCCUAACUCUAAAGAUUUUACAAUUGGUCAUCACGAAUUACAGAUAAUGCAUCAUGGGACUACUGUUGUUCAUUGGGCAGCUGAAAUGGCAAGUAACAGGUCGGCUCGAAUUUUCAUACGUUUAGAGAGAAACUGUUCAACAUUGACUUGGGACAAGACGUCGUGGAGCGCACUGAAAAGAAGUUCUGGUACACCUGAUUAUUCUUUGAAAACCGACCCCGAAGAUAGUCUACCCAAUGCGCUGAUUAACAGAUCGUCAGUCAAUUGUCCAUCAAUGAUGGGUCUCCAGGAAGGAUACUUAGAAUUGUCGACAGUCAGAGACAUAUUUAUUGGUGGUGCGGUUGGAAGAGAUCGCGUAAAGACUGAUGGAGCGGCAAUAUUAAGAAAAUAUAGUUUGAAUAAUUAUUCGAUAUCAGAAUGUUGUCUGGGAUUAGUAUAUGGAACUAAUACAAGUGAAAAUCGAAUAUUCUAUAUACUAGCACCCCCCAGAAUACUCAGCAUUUGGCACCACGGACUUAAAACAGUGGUUCAGAAACUACGAAAUGUUACACAGACAGUUGAUAAACGCUCGAUAUGGCUAAAGAACAAUUAUGUACAUCAAUACAUUAUUUCAUCUGGUCGUGGGCCAAUGACAGCCGAUGCAAUACGUUUAUUUGGCGGCAGAGACUGGUCGACAACUGGUAAUUCGGCCAAUAAUACAUCGCCAGAGACAAGCAUUGCUAAACGAGCUGCUUCAAUGAGAUUUCGAAAGAAGAAAUCGGUAGCUAGUGUAUCUAAUGACGGACUUCUCAAACCUUACGAUGUCAAUGACUUGUUCAAUAAAUCUAGACUAGACUUGGCUAGUAGUGGUUGCAAUUCUCCAACAUUGAAUAGCCAAACAGAAGACGAUAAGAAACGAGACAGCGUCGACAAAAAUAUUGUUUCUGAGCCAUCAACGUCCGCAGAUAAGUCGACACCACCUAAAAUUAUAGAGCCAACUCCUAGUGAUAUGAAUAAUCCACCAAUGACGCCAAAUAAUUCACAAUUAGACUUUGAAGAUUUUUGUGCUCUAUUUGAUAGCUUCAGUUUGAGAAUGCGUAAAGAUCUUCGAGAUAUUUUUGACCAAGUACGAGCGACAAGUCAUACAAUGAACAAAAAAUCUGAGGAUACGCUUGUACAAAAUAAUGCAACCUUGUCUAUUCCAAGAACUAUAUCUGAACAAACUCAAAGUUCGAGCUCAAUUAAUAGAAACAUUGGACAUAACUUUGUUCGGCCACUUGACGCAACAACUCAGAAAAAACGUAUAUUUGACGCCAUUGCAGCGUCUAGCAUAAUUUCUAACUGUACUGGUGUAGAGACGUCACAGUCUGCGGCAACAUGGUCAGUAAAUGAUUUAAUUAACUUCUUGGAAAACAAACAGAUGGUUACUUGUACAGAGGACGAAGCUCGAAUAUUAAUUCAGAACCAUGAGCCAAACCCGGAAAUCAGUGCACGUAACUGUCUUUCUUUCGAAGGAUUUGCUAAGUUUAUGAUGUUAAGGAACCAAAGCGUGUUCAGUGAACCAGAUUUUGCAAUCGAGAAAUCUGAUAUGAAUUUUCCACUAUCUUGUUAUUAUAUCGCUUCAUCACAUAAUACAUACCUUACUGGUCAUCAGUUAAAAGGCGACUCUUCUAUUGAUCUUUACAGUCGGGUAUUGUUAGCUGGUUGUCGGUGUGUUGAGUUGGAUUGUUGGGAUGGCGACGAUGGCAAUCCAUUGAUCUAUCAUGGGCAUACUUUUACAUCAAAAAUACCAUUUCUUGGAGCUGUUGAUUCAAUUAAUCGUUUUGCAUUUGUAUCAUCACCAUAUCCUGUCAUAUUAUCUAUUGAAAACCAUUGUUCACUAGCCCAACAAGCUCGCAUGGCAGAAAUAUUUGAGUCCGUUUUUGGUGAUAAAUUGGUCAAAGGCUUUAUGUUUGACACAGAUUAUGAGCCACAGCUACCAUCACCAAGUCAAUUAAAAUAUAAAAUUUUGAUAAAAAAUAAGAAGAUUGCACCACUAGAAAGUGAAGCAAAUCGAUUGAAAAAUAAUAAUAGUAGUACAAAAAGUUCACAAGUUGUAUCGUCACUUGCCAGCAAUUAUUCUAAUGCAGGACCUUCUGCGAGCAGCAAUAAUUCUAAUGUUGGACCUUCAAUGACCAUCAAGAAUCCUAUUGCCGAAUCUUCAUUGGACAUCAAUCAGCCUAAUAUCGAAUCUUCUGGGGCCAGUAAUCAAACUAAUAUAUUACCUCCAGUAGCCAACAAUAAUCCUAAUGCCGGGCCUUCGGUGGUAAGCGGUCAUCCAAAUGUGGGACCUCACAGAAGUAGUUCAGCUAGCGCUGGAACUACGACCAUUGAUGAUGUUGCUACGACCAUCGAGGAAGAAGAAGAAUACGAGGAAGAUGAUGAAGAAUAUGAAGAUAGUGAUGAGUUGGACUUUAAAAAAGAUAGAACGGAUAAGUAUGGCAGAGGUCGUAAUAGGUUUGGAUCGAAGUCAAAUGAUAAAUGUGCUGAAGAUGACAAGUCUAAAAAACACAACAGUCAGAUUGCAAAAGAACUAUCGGACAUAGUCAUCUAUACUCAGGCAAUAAAAUUUCGUGGUCUAAAUACGAGAAGUCCAAGCAGUUCGGUGAAAAAUAAACGAAAAUGUAAUGGUAGUCUUUGUGGUCAAAAUGGUACUGCAGGAAGUACAUCGUCCACUGGAGCUACAUCCACAGAACACUACCAUAGUCGUGGUUCUACUACGAUAAACGCGCACCACCCAUGCUACAAGUGUUCUUCUUUAAGUGAAAAUUCGGCAAAAAAGCUCACAAAAAAACGUCCAAAGGAUUUGAUUGCACACUCUGAGACGCAGUUGGUACGCGUUUAUCCAGCUAGCAUGAGGAUAGAUUCAUCCAACUUCAAUCCAUUAAAUUUUUGGUCAUAUGGUGUACAGAUGGCGGCACUAAACUAUCAGUCAGAGGAGGCUACAGCUUCACACGUGAAUGCAGCCAUGUUUGAACAGAAUGGUCAUAGUGGUUAUGUACUGAAACCACGGGUGAUGCACGAUCCAUCACACAAAUCUUAUCGCCAGUUCAACCCAACGGAAAAAGAUUUUGAUGGUUUGAAUCCGAUAUGUUUUUGUAUAAGCAUUGUCUCUGGUCAGUACUUAUCGCCAAAUGGAGGGACUCGAGCUAACGUAUACGUUGAAAUUGAAAUAAUCGGUAUACCAUCCGACAGCAUAAAGAGAAAAUCUAAAACUAUAUUUUGUAAUUCAAUGAAUCCCGUGUGGGACGAAACAUUUACGUAUAACGUGAUGUUCAAAGAAUUAGCGUUCAUUCGAUUCCUUAUAGUUGAUGCUAGCACUAAUCACCCGUUAGCGCAGCGUGUAGUACCACUCACGAGUAUGCUGUAUGGCUUUAGGCACAUUGACAUGCAUAAUAUGCGUAACCGGCCACUACCACUUACCGCGUUAUUUGUGUGUACUAGUAGCACAGAAGAAGCACCAAGAUCUACUGAUGACGAAAAGACAUCUUCUACAACAGCACCGGCGGCGGACAAUGGAUCAAUGAAAAACAAUGGUCCAUCAACGCACCGUAAAAAGUUCUAUGUUAUGGUUUAUGGGGUAUUUUCUGAAAACUCAUAUAUCAUGUUCAAAGUCACCCAAGAUAGUACAGUAACAGAUGUCAUUAGGUCAGCAUUAGACAAACGUAAUGAGGGUGAUGAAGAAAUGAAAACAUACGUGCUCAUGGAGGAAGUCGGCCUAUCGUGGGAAGUGUCAAACAAUGGACCUGGAAAUAAUAGUGAUGAUAUGGGGAAUAACACUAAUGUCGUCACUGAUGAUGGUACCGAUGAUAGUAGUAGCAAUAAUAAUAACUCUAAAAACAAGAAAAAGAAAAAGAAAAAGAUAAAGAAGAAAAAACAGAAAAAAACCAAGCAUAGACGAAUUGGAUGGAAAAAUGGUGAUGCACCCAUGAUAACACGUGUAUUGGAUUAUAAUGAGAAACCAUUGGAGGCACAGUCACGCUGGCAAGGCAAUGGAUACUUUGUACUAAAGAAAAUUGGAGAUGACCCGAGCAGCAGAGCAUGGCUAAUAUCAUUGCAAUCAAGAAAAUCAAGAAAUGGUCAAUCAGGGUCAUCGUGGGAUGAAAUCCAUACGUUCUUAGUGUGUAUUUAUAAUGUUUCCAUAGAAAGACCAUACGUUAUUCUUAAGGUACCAAUAGGGUCAACUGUACAGGAUAUUUUAGCUCAGAUUUUAGUCAAAGCCAGGCGAAUGGAAAACCCUAUUUUAUUCAUAUUGGUUGAGGAACAAAUGUGGGGCAGGACUGAUAUAAGAUAUAGGGUACUGGAUGAUGAUGAGGUAGUGUAUAACACACAAAACCAAUGGUCUAGAGUGGGCAGGUUUGUACUAGAGGACCGUUGCGGUAAGGAUGAUUUAUUAGGUGGUGGACUAGUUCCUAAGACAUUGCGAACGUUUUUAAGGGUAAUAAGGAUCCAAAAGGGUAUGGCUGCGGUAGGACGAGGUUGGAGAGCAUGUGGCUUGCCUACGUUACCCGGCCAUUGUUUACAACGUCCAGAAAAUAGCAGGGAAUACGUCAUUAGGGAAGCGGCUCGGGCUCACAGGAAAAUGAUAGCAAAACAUGAGAAGAUGUGGCGGGCAAACUUAGAAAAAGGAGGUAGUGGGGACGGUGGUGGUGGCCUAGAACGUGGUUGUGAUGAUGACGGUAGUGGUGGCGAAGAUGCUGAAGAAAGUACAUUCACAGGGUUUUUAAAAUCACCAGCCCAGUUAUUCGGUUUUUUGGGAUCCUGACAUAUAUUGUGUUGCUUUAGAAAAGCACGUGAUAGACACGAUAUUGGCACUAUGGUAUGAAUAAACCAUCGUUUUUAUCUCUCACCAGAAUUUCUGAAAAUGGAAAUAUGGAAUGAUCGCUUAUCCCCGUGUUCCCAUCCUGUAUUUAAUCAAAAACAUUUAUCCUCCGAUACUCCAAUCCGCUCGGUGUUCUUCAUUUCUCUUCACAGGGAACCGUAACAUUUUCAGGGUGUAAGUAAAUAAGUCUUAAUACUUAUAUUUUGAGACGAAUGGUAUAUUAUAAUAUAUACAUUUAUCUUCUUUUUUUGUGAGAACUUGUGUUUUAGCUGACAUUUAAUAAUUUUUAUCUUCUGAUAAAUAUACAUUUUUAUUUAUACAGCUAAUUAUCGAUUUCAAAAUUAGCCAAAGUUCAAUGUUAUUAUAUUUCAUUGUUUUUGAUUAUGAUACAACCAUUCAUUUACAUUAAUAAAUGUCAUUUCAAAAAAUGAAACGAAAAUAUAGCUGUAUUUUGAUUUUAUAAUCCCAAUUAUUUUAAAUGUUUACCUUAUAAAUUAUCUGCCAUAUGAUAUUAUUUUGAGCUGAAAAUGCCAAAGCUAGUGGAUAGGUGUUAGUUUUAGAGGUCGUUGAGAGUUGAGACAUCCAAUUAUUAGUGGUUUUGUUGUUAUAGGUAGUCAUAUAAUUAUAAAUGUAACUGUAUUGUUGUAUUAAAACCAAUUAGUUAUUGGUCAGUUUUAUAAUAAGUUAUGUGUGUAAGACGUAAUUUAAAAGUCCUAGUUAAAACCGAUACAAAUCUAGUCACUUUGUCAAUAGAACUAUAUUUUUAGUAGGUACCCCCAACAUUGUUUUUAUGCAUUUUUUGGAUGUGUUUCUAAUAUACUUUUUUUUAAUUUUCUCAAUAAAAUAUGAAAA